AUGGCGGAUACGAAGCAGCAAGUGUGGCCGAAUCGUGGACUCGAGAUUUUGGUCUCAAGUUACAUACUCUCUUCACUCAGUAUUUUUACUCUUGCUUGGAGGAUCGUGUACGGUAUCCGAACUAAGCGGAAGCUUUUAAUAUGCGAUUAUCUUCUGCUCAUCGCUGCCUCGAUGGACAUAACUUCAGCGUACGUUCGCUGGAAGAUAGUCCAAUACGGUCAAGGACGUCACAUGGAAGACCCCAGCAUAACGCCAGGCGACUUCCUGAACUACAGCUACUAUCUCUGGAUUAUUCAAAUCGUAAACCUGAUCGGCGUUGCAAUCCUCAAAUUUUCCAUUUGCGCUUACCUACUUGUCCUCAAAUUUUCAAGAGUGUACUUGGGGUUCGUAUGGGCGAGUAUCAUUAUGGUAUUCACUUUCAACCUAUUGAUUCCGAUAAUGAGCGUGUUCUGUUACACGCCAUUUGAAGCGAAUUGGAACAAAGCCAUGCCUGGAAGGUGUUUCCUUUCGACGGGGGCUACGGGACUAUCAUAUACACAGGCGGCUUCAAAUAUCAUAACAGACAUCGGUGACGACUUGCUCGAUCGUGAAGGCGACUACACUUCCCGCUCUCCUCAAGACCAGAGAUCCGUCAUGGGAAAGCACUGA